AUGUAUUUGAUGCUGGUAAUAUUUAAUGUAUUUGCUAUUCUUUUGUUAAAAUUUUUUUUUUCUCCUACUAAUGCAAUUAUCUAUUCGGAUAGACAUGAUUAUGAUGCAUAUGGAAUACGUAUAGCUAGUACAGAUUACUUUGUUGUACUUGCUCAAAAUGAUGCUCUUCGUUAUAUGGUUUCAAUGGCUCCUUUUGGAAUGGCAUUUGUAUGUAAUUAUAAUUAUAAAACACCAAAUGAUUUUGUCAUUAGUAUAGCUGUCGGUCGACGACAAAAUUCUUCACAAUUAUCAUUUGUUUAUUUACGAACGAAUUCAACAGAUGGUCAAUAUCAAAAAUUAGGUAUAUUUACAUUUUCACAUGAAACUCGAAUUGGUUUAUCAAAUAAUUCGUGUAGUCAAAUGUUAAGGAUAAAUGAAGGAGAAUAUGAUGCGAAAGUAUGGAAACGUGAACCAUCGGAAUUAUCAACAUUACAAGUCGAUCUGUAUGGAAAAUAUGCAUAUGGUUUUCUUUCACAAGAUAUUUUUAUUUAUGAUAUUGAAAAUAAAUAUGUAAAAAGUCUUUUAUGGAAUGAUAUAUUUCCAUCGAUCAAUAUUAAACCUCAUGCAUUAGAUGUAAGUGAAACAAAUGAUGGAUUUUCAAUGGCAAUUAUUGCUGGUUAUUAUCAAUUUGAUAUUGAAAAAACCUUACCAGCUGUUUAUCUUGUUCGUUUAUAUCCUCCAUAUAAUAUGACUCUUGUUGAUAAUUAUACUUUGUAUUCCGAUAAUCAAAAAUUUGUUCGUGGACGUUAUGCGUUUACUUAUCAAUUUGAUUAUGUUAUGUCUGUUUCAAUUCAUGAUUUAACUCAACAAGUUCUUGUUGGUAUUCCACAAUUACGUAAAACAUAUCUUUUUUCAUUUAAUAGUACAAGUUUAACAUUAAUUAAUAUAUUUAAUCAUCCAGCACGUUCAACAGGUUGGCUUGAUGAUGAUGGUAUACAAACUGCUUUACUUCUUAGUGAUAAAGCUACACUUCCUUGGGCAAAAUCUCGAAUACAAGUAAUAAAUAUAUCUUCUGCUGAUAUAUUAUAUGCUUAUCCAAAUAAUCAACAAACUUUAGAACAAUGGUCAAAUACACCUCCAACAUUUCUUCGAUUAACAAAAACAUACGAUAAUCAAUUAGCUAUACUGACAGCCGAUGGAAUGGUAGUGUUGAUUCCUUCAGCCGAUGCCGGUUACUAUAUGAAAACAGAUGAUAUUAAUGUUCCAGUACAACAUUCAAUAGCAUGUCCACGUGGAACUUAUAAAAGUAUUCGAGGUCCAACACCAUGUAUGAUAUGUCCAACAAUGACUAGAAGUUCUCUUAUUAGUAAGGAAUUUUUCGUUUUUGUUUUAAAUAUUACUUCAUUGAUAUCUUAA